CAGCUUACUUAAUUAACUCGUAAAUUUAUCAAUAAAUUCUCAGCAGUUUGUUAAUUAUCCAGUUAAAUCCCAGUGAAUUUCAAGUGUACAAGAAAAGCAAUGGAAAAUUUCGAAAUAAAAAAAAUACGUGAUGAUAUAAAAAAUGUAUUUUUAGCUGGUAUUGAAGCAGUCAAGCCCGAGGUGAUAAUUAAAAAUAAAAUAAAAAUAAAUAAUGAAAAAUUAAUAAUUGAUAAUGAUAAUUGUAUUGAAAUAAAUAAUAAUAUAUAUAUGAUUGGAUUUGGAAAAGCUGUUAUGGGAAUGUCCAUGAUGAUGGAAAAAAUACUGGGUCAAAGAUUGAAAAAUGGAAUUGUCAGUAUUCCAAGAGGAUCAAUAAAUAAUCAUGCAAAAAACAUUAAUAUAUCCGGUGAUAAAAUUAAACAGGAAAUAUCAAAUGUUAUAAAUUAUCGUGAAAAUGGAAUAAACAAUCAGCCUGAUGAAGAAACUUUGGCAACAACUAGAGAUAUUAUUAAUAUGUCUAAUAAUUUAUCAGCCAAUGAUGUUAUUAUUAUUUUAAUAUCAGGUGGAGGUUCAGCAUUGCUAACAAUGCCAAUAAUAAAUAUAUCACUUGAUGUUAAAUUAAGUAUAUGCAAAAAAUUACAUAACGCUGGUGCAAAUAUUAAAGAAUUAAAUAUGAUACGUCAAAAGUUAUCAAUUGUAAAAGCUGGGGGUCUUGCUAAAGCUGCAUAUCCAGCAAAAAUAAUUGGCCUUAUUAUGUCAGAUGUUAUUGAUGAUCCAGUUGAUUUGAUUGCAAGUGGUCCAACAGUAUUUAGUCAUAAAAAUUCAACUGUUGAUGUAUUGAAAAAAUAUCAUAUUUAUGAUGACCUUGAUGAGAAUUUAAAAACUAUAUUUAAUUCAGUUGAUGAUGGUGAUAAUGAUUUAUCAAUAAUGCUUGAUGAUAAAGGGAAAUUUAAACAUGUUAAUAAUUUUAUUAUUUGUAAUAAUAAAACAGCAAUUCAAGCAAUUCAAGAUGAAUGUUUUCGUAAAAAUUUAAAAUCAAUUAUUUUGUUUGAUAACUUGGAGGGAAUGGUUGAUGAUAUCAGCAAGAUGUACAGUAUAUUGACGAAAUUAAUUUGUCAAACUUGGAGCAAUGAUUUAUCAAGCAAUGAAUUUAUAAAUAUAAUUAAAAGCGAUUCUAGACUUUCAAAGAUUAAUGAAGAUAAAAUUAAUGAAAUUUUAUUGUUGAUUAAUAGCUCAGAUGUUAGAGAAAUUAUUUUAAUUUCAGGUGGUGAACCAUCAAUUGUUGUAAAAGGUUCAGGAAAAGGAGGAAGAAAUCAACAUCUUGCUUUAUUAUUUUCACGUGAUUAUGCAAAUCAGGUGAAAAGUCAAUUUGAAUCGUUUGAUAAAUUUAAAGUUGUGUUUUUUAGUGGUGGUACUGAUGGACAAGAUGGUCCAACUGAUGCUGCUGGUGCAUUUGGUUAUCCAGAAUUAAUAUUAAAUAAUGAUGCAGAGAAUAAAUUGAAUGCAGAAUUUCAUUUAGAACAUAAUGAUUCUUAUAAUUUUUAUAAGAAUAUUAAUAAUAGUGAGGAUUUAUUGAUAACUGGCUUGACUGGAACAAAUGUCAUGGAUAUACAUUUAAUAUAUAUUUUUAAAAAGAUAUAAAUAUUUUUAUAUAAUAAAUAAACGAAUUAAAUUUUGAAUUAUAUAUAUUUAUGAUA